AUGGCAAAUAAAAUACUAGAUCCAAUCUUUAGAUUAUACGAUCCGAUUCGUUAUUCGUUUAACAAGAAAAAAGAGGAUUAUAUUAUCAUCUCACCGACUGUUGGUUCUAAAUCCCAAUUGAAUGAUGGUGGUAGAAUUACCUUCGAAAUAAAUUCAUUAUCGAAUUGGUUGCUUCUUUCAUAUGCUUAUUUCAGAUGCGAUUUCAAAAUUAAAGAUGGAACUCAGAAUCAAGUUCCACAAACUAAUACAACGUUAGAAAACAAUUUCUUUCCAUCUUUAUUUAGCGAGAUGGUUUUGGAAGCUGGUUCAAAUCCGAUAGAAACAAUUAAACACCCUGGGGAAUUCGACACAAUGUUGAAAACAGUUUUAUAUCCUAAAGACUUCGAUUCAGUCUCAGGUUGGAUACCCGAUGUUGGUGAUGGAAGUGUUUUAAAAGAACCGAUAAGAAAUGUUGCAAAUGAUGCUGAUUUAGAUAGAGUGAGAGUUGUUGCUCGAAACACGAUAGAAAGAGUAGCAUGA